GUUAGGCACAUCAAUUACUUCCGGUUUCAUUUUGACCCCCGACGUGGUUUGGAGAUAAACAGAUCGACCUAAUGGAUUUUAAAUCUAAGUACCCCCCUUUCGAAUUGCAGAAAUCACGAUUCGACCAGGGAACGUUUUAUGGACGGUUACGCCAUUUCCUUGAUGUUAUCGAUCCAUCCACACUGUUUACCUCAGAAAGCAAACUGAAUGAAUGUAAACAACUGUUGGAUGACUACAAAAACAACAAGACACCACCAGGCACAACAGAUGAACAGUUAUGGAGGGCCCAGAAAGUCAAACAGGCAAUAAUUCACCCUGAUACUGGCGAGAAAAUUUUCGUGCCAUUUAGAAUGUCGGGUUAUGUGCCUUUCGGGAGUCCAAUUGUUGUUGGUCUGUUGCUGCCCAACCCUUCUAUAAAGGGGGUUAUUCUGUGGCAGUGGCUCAACCAGAGCCACAAUGCUUGUGUCAACUACUCCAACAGGAAUGCAACCAAGCCGACCCCCACCAGUAGGUUCAUGGCUGGGUAUGUGGGCGCUGUCACUAGUGCUGUUUCCAUCGCAGUGGCUUUGAAUCAGUUUAUCCGGAAAGCUGAUAAAUUCAGUCCUGCAACAAAAUCGUUGAUCACCAGAUUUGUUCCUUUUCCAGCCGUCGCGGCAGCCAAUGUCUGUAAUGUGUUACUGAUGAGGAACAAUGAGCUGGCCGAGGGCAUAGAUGUUGUGGAUAGCAGCCAGAAUGUGGUCGGCACGUCAAAAGUAGCUGCCAAACGGGCUCUACGAGAGACUGCUAUCACAAGGAUGUUCCUGCCCGCCCCAGUUCUGAUGCUGCCUCCGCUGGUCAUGUCACUGGUAGAGAGGACCCGGUUUAUGAAGAGUAACCCGAAGUACCACCUGGCGGUAAACGCGGUAGUAUGUACCGCUGUGUUCGGAUGUGCCUUACCUGUCGCUAUUGCCUUGUUUCCUCAGUACUCAAAGAUUUCCGUAGCAGACUUGGAACCAGAAUUCCAGACCAAGACGUCAGAGUCGAUCUUGUCAUACAACAAAGGCCUUUAGUAACCUAGUUACUGACCACUGUCCACCUCCAAUGUGCCAUAUACAUACCUCAUACGACGAUCGCUCGAAAUCUCGGCAAACUAGUUUAUAUAUGGUUUAAUGUAUUGAAUUUAUAAAAAUGUAUUUGAUUUUGCACCUUAAUUAUUUUAUCCAAGCUGACGCACCUUAAUAUUUUGUAAUAAUGACUGUAAAAAUACAUGAUCUGAUGAUUCCGAGUUUUCCUAGUGCCAAUUGAACGCGUUUGUUCAUAUCGUUUUACAGGAGAGGUGGACACUAUACAGUUGAUUCUUGCUCAUUGUUGAUUACCGAGUGCUUUUGCAACACAUUUGAAACAGUUUCAGUUUCAGCUUAAAUUUUGAGAGUGUGUAAUUUCAAAGAUUGUUCCUAAUGCUAUGCAGAGAAGGGGAAAAAUGAUUUCAUUAAUUAUUUUGAGGAAUUUUUAUAAAGAUAUGUAAAAUUGUCGAUGAAACAGUUGUUGCAUCAGCAUUAACUACUUUUGGACUGUAACGUGUGACAUGUACGUGAGGUAUAAAGAUGUGAUUAUAAUUAUACAAUUUUAUAACAUGUUCAAUUUGCAUUUUUUAUCAGGUAAAACAACUAUUUUAUCACCUAUUUAUUUCAUAAUCAAGAAAAGUGUCUUCCAAACGGCAAUAUGUAAUCGCUAUGUUGAUAAUUUGUUCAAGCGUUGAACGUUUGUUUUGUGUCUCGUUAAAGUCACCUCCGAUGUUUUAUUCGAUGUUAAUAUUAUAAGAAACCCAUAGAGUCCGAAUGUUAUUAAUGUGAAACACCAAACGCAAAAGAACGACACGGGGCCAAAGAUUUCUGAUGUACUUUUACAAGUAGUUGGAGCACAUAUAUGUAUACAUAUACCAAUGGUAUCCCGUGGAUGCUGUUGGAAUGGUGACGGUGUACCAACUGAAAUAUCUAGUCAUCCCUAUACGCAGUAUAAUAUUUAAAAUGAAUAUCUUGAUUGGUUAUAAUUAUUUUUGUCGCAGUCAUUUAUGUAAUCUUUGCUGAUUUUGAUAUAAAUAUAUUUGUGUUAGGUAUAAGUAAAACAUUUCAAAAGAUGGCAUUAUGAAUAAUAUUUUGUAAAAGUAAUGUUUCUAGAGACUUAAUAAGAAUUCCACAUACCUUGUGUUCUCAAGCUGGCUUAUGAGCGUUGUCUUUGAUUUUGAUGCAGUGCUCAUGACAAUUCAAACAAUGAAGACGUAGAGAUGUAUUUAUCUUUUGUAAUCCACGAUUUCCAAACCACUUUCUCGUUUUGGAAGAUUGACGGUAGACCGCCAUGUUAUAUUAAAAGGAUUUUCGGCAGUUUUGUUGUAGUGCCCUCUCUGUGUUAUGUUAAAAAAUCCGUAAGUUUGAAGUUUCUGGAAGUUUUUUUGUAUUUCCCUAUGCGAUACAUAUAAUUUCCGAAAGUGGUAAUGUUCUUUGUUAAACAUAUAUUUUCCAAAACUUUGAAUGCAUUUCUGCUGAGAAAAAGGAGAAAAAAAAUAUAUUAUACUGCUUAUAAAUUAUCAUGCAGUUUUUCAUACGUACAACUUCUUGGGAUUGGAUAUUGAAAUUUUAGCACAAGGGCAAUCAUCAUAUAUUGUAUGUUAAUUAAGAGAGUGUUAUAACUCCUAUGAUUAUUGGUUGUGUAUUUUGUUAUCCUCUGACAGCCGAUAACUGACAGCUUGUGAGAGUAUCUAUAUAGUUCUAGUAGGAAUUCAUGGAUUAUAGAAAAUGUAUGUAUCAGAAUUAUUGAUUUAGUGUUCAUAAUGGUUAAUCCAUAGAUUUUGACGCGUAUUGAGAACAUUAUACGAUUUUGUAUUGUAUAAGAUGAAUUGAUUAUUUUCAACACGGAAUACUGCUUUUAGUAUUUCAGUAUAAUGAAUUCCAUUUACACAGCCAUUAACGGGGUAUAAUUGUUGAUGUUACACAAUGGUAUACCUUACUUAUGAUCGAUGUGCUUUACUGUUAAAAGCGUUAUUCAAAGUAAUAUGUAUCAAUAUUUUUCUAUAAUUAUUGUGAUGUUAAUUUACACAAUUACGUUGAACCGAAAUUGUUGUCAUAGUUACCGUGUUUACAUUGAUAAUUUAAGGUGUAUUUAACGGACACGCCCACUCGCGCGAAUAUGCUGAGUUUAGAUGACAUCUUAUUUACACUUGAUGUUCUAAUCUCUUUUAAUACAUAUUACAGGUCUUGUUGAUUUUU